AUGAUGCAGUGGUUCUGCUGGCAUGUGCCAGUGAAGAUAAUCCUGGGAUUUCUGUGUCUCUUUCUGGUUUGCAACACAGCUUCAAGCAUAAGAAAAGAACAUAAGAAAGAGAAGCAAGUGGCAGUGCUGGCUACUGCAGAGCUGCCAGCAAAGUCUGUGGAUCUGGCUGCUAUUAACCUGACAGAGCUGGUGAACGGUAUGCUGAACACAACGCUCAGAGGUACCAAAAAGCUCUUCUCUUUGCUGAGCGUCACGUCUUACAGCUCACUUGCCUUCCACAAAGUGUCAGUCACCAUUUAUAACAUUUCUAAUGUGAAAAAUGUUGACCCUGGCAAGUUCCCUAUGCAUUACUGCUACUGUUUGAACAACGUGACAAAUGACUUGGCAGAUUUUACAGCUUUACUUGUUGAUAUUAUUGGAAACUCCACCAGUUAUCUCACAGAAAUUUUCAAAUCCACUUCUAUUCUUUCAGUGCGUCAGAGCAAUGACUCAGAUUGUAUCUACAUCUGUGUGAUGACAGGGCAGACAGGGAGAAAUCUGUCUGACUUUUGGGAAAUGCUGGAGAAAUCUCCUGUUAUCAAUUACACAUUUUCCAGUAACAAAUCUUCUGACCUGGAUCUAGAUUCGAUUUAUUCAAGUUUCAUGAAAUUACAGGAAGACUCAAACAAAAGAGUGGAUCCAUCAACGGAAUCUGGGUGGACAUUUAAAACUACCAGGAUCCCUCUUGCCCUGAAAGGAGAGGAAAUCCUCACCACAAGAUUCCCACCAUGGCCAAAGACAGUUGGAGUGAAAGAACUGGGGUUUCCAUCACCACACGUGGAUGCUUUCAGACCACGAGGGACAGCCAGAACCCCUUCAACUGCUGAGGGGAGCCCGGCCCCAUUGCCAGCCCUGCAGCCCAGCCCCAGAAGCAUGUGUCUCUCUGUUCCCAUAGCUGACAUGCAUGCAUUUUGGAUGCAGACAGGGUCUCCUCAAGAAACCAGCAAAUUGAUGCAAACAGAGCCAGAUUUGCCUUCCUCAGUACUGUCUACGCCACCGUACAGGCCUGGUGUGACACUGAAACUUUACUCAGCUACCAGGUGUCCACAGGCGAUCCUCAAAGAGUCCCGUGUGACCUCACCUCCUGUCACUCUUAUAGUGCAGAAGAUCAAUCCCUGUGUGAUGGAGCUGUGUAGGUUUUUUCAGCUGUGCCUCUGUGUUGGUCAGAGAAGAUAUUCCAGAAAGGAUUCCAUGAGGUACUGUGUUGAAUACUAUUCCUGGUUCUUGAAAAAUGCAAGUUAUGUCUGUGAAGGAGUCAAAAGAAUUGCUUACACCCACACAUUAAAACAAAAAUGCCUUAAAAACAUCUGCAAGUCGGUCUAG